AUGAGAAAUAACAGGUCCCUGAGAAUUGAGGUGGGAGACGGAAUCGCCAACUUGCCUCGUUGCAUAGGCCUGUUGUCAGCCUUUACAGACAUUACGAGCGUUACUAUCUUUACGAACAGAGAACCCAAUAUUUCAAUAAACCUAUACGUUGCCAUUAUUUCCUGCUUGUCGACUUUACUUUUUUAUGAUGACAUCGGGCGGCUAGAGUUUCGAUGCCGCAGUGAAGAUUUUUGGUGGGCGUCCGAAAAUGACGACGAAGCUGAAGGAACUUGGCCAAGUCCGGGCCCAUCGAGUCAAUUCAACUCCCAACUGUUAAACGCACAGGACGACACUAGCUCGCCAGGAUCUAAUGCAUCAGAUCUUAGUACAUAUGACUCGGAUAACUCGGACUUUACACAUUCAGAGACCGGCUACCCGGAGCUUCCAAGAGACGAGGGUUAUCUUCGUACAAACUUCCUCUCUUUCACAAAUGGAAACGGACGGGACAAAAAAGUCUUUUUAGGGCGAUUUAUUUCCAACAAUGCGUUUGAUAAAUUAACGAGGACUGGGAGGAUACGCUUUCCCCGAAAUCUCAAGUUUUUUAAGGCAGAUAUUGAGAGAUAUUUGCCAUUCUGUUGCGUCCCACUGAGAUACUGCCGAAACCCCAUUGCUAUUUCUAUCAGAGUUUUAUCUGAGCGGAACAGUAUCAUUGAAAACCCCGGGCAACCAGAUGAAACCUUCGUCUUCCCCAGCAUAAAGGCCCUUGAGAUUCCUUACGGCUAUUCACCAAACGGCGCCGAAGUUUCUAGCAAUUUUGCGACACAGUUUCCGAAUUUAACAUCGCUGACAGUAAUCUCCCCAGAGGUAGGAUACGCCCAAGAAAUCAUCCGUAUUCCAAAUUUUCUCCAUUUGGAAUAUCUCCAUAUACCUUCUAUCCUGUGGGAGGAAGGCUCCAGCUCUACGAUCCUUCGAAAAAUGCAAGAUCAAAUGAUGCAACGACUUAAGGCUGGAGAGUUUCCAGUUCUUAGAACUUAUAAAGUUUCUGGUACUAGGGACAUGGGAUACGAGGGCCUUUGCUCCGGGGAAGCGACUGGUGUUAUCUCGAGGCAUGUUGAUACGGAAGAUCAAAACGAAUGCUUGAAGUUUGAGUGGACAAAUGAUAUUUAUGAUAUUGUUCAAUCGGAUAUAGCUGCUGAUUUGGAUAAAUUAUGGGACUCUGGAGAAUUCUUCAAAGAUACGAGACGGGACGACGGCGAACCGGAGGAAUUUAGGCUGGAUCGAUAUCUAGAAGAGUUGGGAACAGAUGAAUCGAUAUAUGGUAGCGAAGACGAGAGGAUAGAAAUAGAUAGAAAACGGGAUAUUAAAAAAGCAAGGAGACGGAAGGCACGACGGCGGAGAGAGAGAAUAAUCGAAGAAGAUAACAAAUGGGCCGAACCUGGUGUUACAAGUGAGGAUGAAUGGCUGGGUGGCAGUUCCCGAAGCCAACAAUCAUAUGGAUCAGAAGACGAAGAAACGCGAGGAGAGAAGAAAGAGGAUGGUGACGAAAAAGAGGGAGAGGAUGAGAAUGGGCCUUUGCUUCCAUACGCUUACGUGGACUUCGAAAACGUUACAAAUGUCGUCGACGUGGGUAGCGAGACGUCAAGCAUAGCCGAAAGCGAAGGCGAGGAAGAAGACGAUGAAAUCGGUCAUACGGCCUCUCAGUAUCUAUCAUUAUCAAUCGAUGAUGAAGGCACGGUCAAUCCCGAAGACUCGGACGAGUACGAGGACUCAGAACUAAACGAAAAUGACACCCAGGGAAUGCUUAACAGCUACCAGGACCCACAAUUCGACGUUUCUGAUAACAAUUGCCGAUGGGAAGAGGAGGAUAAUAAGCAGUACGAAUCGCAGUAUUCGCAAUUUGACACCCAAGAGUAUCUAGCAAAUGCAGCCAAUAUGGCGCAAGAAACGCCUCCAAAACCGGUAAAGUCUAUAAAUCUGACAAUGGAUCCGAGGGAAGUGGAGAAGAUACGAAACAAGAAUCUUUAUCGGCGGUGA